UUUCGGAUCGAAUUUGUGGCCUAGGUUCCCUUUGCGGUCCGCGGGGGAGCGGAGAGACUGGCCUGGGGCUUGGGCUGAGCAUACUACAGAAACAGGAGACGACGAGGGUUAUUUAUUUAUUUUUUAUUGAUUUUCUUGUUUCAGUGAUCGAUCGUCCAGUUCUGAAGUCAAGGUCUCCUCCUAAAAUAGAAUACGAAUUAUGAUAGCAUGCAUUUCUACACACUGCAAUUUGUUUGGAGAUGGCGCUAAAACCUUUAUCAUUCUACUCUCUGAUUUACUACAACAGUUUGAAAAGCUUAAUAAAAGAGAUCAAGGGAAAUAUUGCAGUUUGAAACACAUUUCCCAGUUUCUUGUGAAGAUCCAAACAAACAUCCUGGACCAUAUAAUGACACAGGACCUUAAGAAACAUUUUUGGUCAAUCUUUUCUGCUUCUGAUUCAGAUACAAGACGGAAUAUGGAAUUAGUGUUAGAACCUUAUUUUUGUGGAAAAGUAGGAAGUAACAGACAAAAGUUUCUAACUCAUUUGACAUGUGAUUUUUACUUCAAAGUUACAGCGGGUAAAAAUCAGAAUGAGGCAUUAUACUUGGUGAAUGAAUGUUUUACAGAACUGCAUACCACUGUGACAGGCCUUCCUUUUUCAGAUUCCAGGAUCCUAGAUGGCUUACUACUUCACAGAGACUUUGCCAUAUACUGUCCUGCAGAUGGUGAUAAAAGAAUUAUAAUAAUAACAGAACCUAUUCACUCCUCUCUCUCUGAGUUGGGUAUAGAAGUUGUCAUAACUGCUGAAGGUCAAUUCAAGGCAUCAGAAAUCUGGAUUACAAAAAGAACCAAAACCCUUCUACAGCACAUACAAGAUAAUGACAUCAAAGUAAUACUAUCAGGUGUAAAACAGCAUGAUAUUGUUCAUUGCUAUGGCAAAAAUAAUGGUAUAUCUAUUGUAGAUUGCUUGUUAACAGAGGAAAUCUCUCUUAUUUGCAAGAUUACCGGAAUUUCACCUUUCAAACCAUCUUUGGAUAAUAUUAACCAUGAAAUCACUCAAACAGCUGUAGCCAAAUUUUGCCAGCCCUUCCACCUUGGAACCAAAAGGUUUGUUCACAUUGGCUUUGCGAAAACCUCUACCAUCCAGCUUUAUUGCGUGAUUCUCUGUGGACCAGUACAUGGAGUUACGGAGCAACACGCUUCUGCUUUUCGUGAAGCAUUCAAAAUGCUACAACAAAUGUUUACAGCAAUUCAUCUUCCUCAGAAUUGUGACUCAGAAUUGGAAAAUCACGGUCUUCUAAAUAAUCUGAAUAAAACUCAGCCACAUUCAUCUCCCAAUCAGCCAUUAUUUCAGGAACACAAUGAUUGGAGAAAACUUCAAACCAACACCAAGCAUCUUACACCUUGUGGGCUUAAAAUGGAGAAACACACUGCAUCUUUUUCUGUAGUAGAUGAAAAGUUACUGCAUUCAUCCAGUUAUAAUUCUUCAACCAUAGUCAUGCCUUCUGUUGAUUUGAUGCAUGGUAUUAAGAGCUCAUUAUUCCAGAAAAGGGACGAUGACUUAGUUGGCUGUCAAACGGCUUCUUUAAAACCCAAAUUUCCAAAAAAAAGGUUGCAAAUGACUGAGAACGAACUUCUUGAAGAUAAACAGCCUGCUUUUAAUGCAGUCGAUAAAAAUGUACAGCUGCAAGUUACUACUGCCAGUUGUGCCAGGCUGCUUAAAUAUGAGGAGAAUGAUCAAAGGGGUAAUCAGAAUUACUCUGACUCUUGCAUAGAACUGGGAUCAGUUCUGCCAGUAGGAGGACUCUUUGAAAUCCUGUUACAUUACUAUCUAUCUAACUAUGCAAAACAAUGCCAGUCCUCAAAUGCAUCCAUCAUUUGUUCUAUACUUGCUGAUGUAUUGCUAAGUAUUCCAAAAACACUCUGCAUGACACGAAAAAGGAAUGCCUUUCCUCAGCUCUGUCUCCAAGUUACCAGUGCCCUCAAAAGCAAUCAGCAGCUUCUGCCAAAUCAAAAGCUUCUAGAAUCAAUUUCUUGUAAAUACCACUUAGUAGCUUCAGUGCUUCAGUGUGCAGCUCAGUUGCUUAGUGUUGACUUAAUCAUUAGCAUUAAAAGGCUACCACAGAAAGCUGAAGAGAGUGACUCAGAGGUUGAUGGGUAAGAACAGAACCUUGUUCGUCUUGUCUGAUUACUUUUUUUCUUUUCUUCCCUAAUUCUUAAUGAAAGGACCUCAAAGGAGAAGAAAGAGAAAUAAUACCAUAUAACCAUAUUAUUCUUCCUUCUUCAGCUUUCUGAUUUCUAGCAAGGACUUCAAAAUAACCAGCUUUUGUGAGAAGUAUACCCAGGCUUAUCGACAUUGCCUCAAAUUCCAUGCAGUGUGCAUGCAAUUUUGCAUGUGUAUAUCAAGAACAAAUCUGAACUGAGGGGCAUUAGAUACUCAAGAUAAGUAUCAAUGACAGACAAAAGAUGUCCUUACCUUUACACACUGAGAGAAUGCAUUGACAAAAAGAGAGAGGCCAUAAUGAUUACAUUUUCUCUGAAGGACUUUCUUCUAGAUGCUGGAGGUAGUGUCUAUAUCUCUCUACUUUUUUCAAACAAGAAAAUUCUGUGAGGUAGGUUUGGCUGAGAGAAUGCGACUGACCACAAGUCACACAAGGAUUGGUCACAUCUAAUACAGUUUUCUUCAAUUAUAAGCUCUUCUAAUAAGAAGCUCCUGGUUAAAUAACCUGGCUAGGUGGCUCAGUGGCUAAGACGCUGAGCUUGUCGAUCAGAAAGGUUUGGUGGUUCGAAUCACUAAUAUAGGUCUCCUGCAUGAGCAGAGGGUUGGGCUAGAUGACCUCCAAGGUCCCUUCCAACUCUUCCUGUUCCUGUUAUUAUUAUUAAAUAUAUUUGAUUGUUUCUUGGCUGUGAAGAAACCAAAGUUCCCCAUUCCCAUAGCAUUGGAUCUCCCAAGUUAUUCCGAAUCUGUUUUGGCUGGGAAAGCAUUCAAUGUGGGAAGUGCAGGAGUGACAUUGCUGGGAAAAUGUUGAUUAGUCUGAAUGCGAUAAUCCUAAGCAAGAUAUCUCUGGUUCUCUGACCUUGAGGAAGCUUAAAACAGGGAGAGCUAGAUUUUCUUUUUCAUAAUUUCUGAAAAAUUAGUAUUGUGAAAUGUUACUUCUUUAUAAGGAACCACUUCUAGAAAUAUUUGUCCUUCAGGGAAAAUAUAAUCAUUACUGCCUCCCCCUUUUCCCCCCCAAUGUAUUCUCUCAGUGUGUAAAGGUAGGGACAUCUUUUACCUGCCACUGACUCUCAUCUGGUUGGGUUGAUUUUGUGUUUUUCUGCAAAGGUAGGAGAUCAUGAGAAAUUGAACUAUGAAAUGGCAGCAAAUAAUUAUGAAAACCAGACUGCCUCUAAUAUCAGAAUUGUGGAGAAAGCAUUGGCAACAUGGAUUAAUCACUUUGAGUAACCUGUUCAGCAUAAACAUGUUCAUAGAGCAUGGUAAACAUGAGUAACUGAACCAUGAUUCACCUGGUUGCAUGGGUUUAGAUACACACUUGAGUUAUAAACUGAUUCACCAUUUAGAGAUAGAUGAAAUUCUUACCUGGACAUUUGUAUAUAAUUAUGAAAUAUUUGGUAUACCCUGAAUUGAAAUACAUUUGGAAUAAUAAAAGACUGCUUGUUUUCUA